AUGAAGGUUCUCCUUACAGGUGGCAGUGGCUUCAUCGCAGCCCACGUCCUCGACAUCCUCCUCGAACACGGCCACGAAGUCAUCACCACAGUCCGCUCCCAAUCCAAAGCCGACGCCAUCAAAUCCGCCCACCCCAACAUCCCCACCUCCAAGCUCGACUUCCGCAUCGUAGAGGACAUCGCCCAAGAAAAUGCCUUCGACAAAGCAGUCCAAUCCCUUCCCGACCUCGAAGCCGUGAUCCACACCGCCUCCCCCUUCCACUUCAACGUCACCGACACCAAGAAAGACCUUUUAGACCCCGCCAUCAUCGGCACAACCGGUAUCCUAAAAGCCAUCAAGAACCACGUACCCACCGUGAAAAGAGUCGUAAUCACCAGCUCCUUCGCCUCCAUCAUCGAUGGCUCAAAGGGCACUCGCCCAGGCUAUACUUACUCGGAAAAGGAUUGGAACCCGGUAACACUGGAAGAAGCAGUCCAGAACCCCGCCAACGGCUACCGAGCCUCGAAAACCUUCGCCGAAAAAGCAGCCUGGGAAUUCGUCGAGAAAGAGAAGCCCAACUUCACCGUAUCCACCAUGUGUCCUCCCCUAGUCCUGGGUCCUAUUGUGCAUUACCUAAAUUCGCUGGAUGGCCUCAAUACCUCCAACCAACGGGUCCGAAAUUUGAUAACCGGGCAAUGCAAGAAGGAGAUUCCGGACACGGGGACGUAUAUCUGGGUCGAUGUGCGGAAUUUGGCGCUUUGCCAUGUGAAGGCGAUUGAGGUUGCUGAGGCGGCGCAGAAGAGGUUUUUUAUUACGGCGGGGUACUUUUCGAAUAAGGAGAUUUGUGAGAUUGUGAGGAAGAAUUUCCCCGAGUAUAAGAAUGAGUUGCCGGGAGAGGAGGUUAAGGGAGGUGAUUAUCCUGAGGGAGGGCUGUAUAAGUUUGAUAAUAGCAGGACGACGGAGGUUUUGGGGAUUAAGUUUAGGGGGUUGGAGGAGAGUAUUGUGGAUUUGGUGAAGAGUUUAAAGAGUGUUGGUGCUUAG